GUUCAGAUUCAUUGAUGUUUUAAUAGUCAAUGAGAUACCUCUGUGCAGUACUCUCUGUGGCAGCAUGUUUACUAGGUCCACUCAUGUUUGGUCUAACUUUGGGUUUCACUGGUCAGACUAUUGAUACCAUGAAGAAUCAUGUUACCACUGCCGAUGGUGUCCUUAUCCAGGUUGGUCCCGAUGACCAUUUGUAUGUGUUUGAUACAUCUACAGAUGGUUCGUUGUUUGGGUCUCUGGUUAACUUGGGCGCUAUGGGUGGUGCUAUCCUAUUGGGGGGUCCCUUCAGUGAGAAGUUCGGCAGGAAACGGACUUUGUUGUUGUGCUCUCCUUGCUUCGUUUUGAUCUACGCGUGGCAGGCAUUGGCCCACACUUCAUGGCAGUUGCUGUUCGCUCGUGUUCUGGUCGGUUUCGUUGUUGGUGUUGAGUCCGUCGUGGCUCCAACCUACAUCGGUGAGGUUUCUCCCACGGCUAUUCGUGGGACUUUGGGAGCGUGCAACCAGCUUUCCAUCACAAUCGGUGUCCUUCUCGCCUAUGCUCUUGGGAUGGCUUUCAGAACUGAUGCCGGCUCUAUUGAUCCCAAUGCUACCGACGGCACCUUCUGUCAGUGGCGUACUGUGAGUUGGAUUUAUUUGAUUCCCAGUGCUCUAUUGGGUAUCUGUAUGUUCUUCGUUCCGGAAUCUCCUCGUUGGUUAGCUCAGCAUAGUCGUGCUGACGAUGCCAAGAUGGUUCUAUUGAGACUGAGAGGUUAUGAGUCAGUUGAAGAGGAUCCUGAGAUCAUGGAAGAAGUGAAGGCUUAUGAGAUAUUAGCUGCCCAUAAUGCUAAGAACGCAAAGAACACCUGGAAGGAGAGUGCUUCCUGGGCUUCCAGUGCGCUUGGCCAUUGCAAGAUGCAGUUGUUCAUUGGUAUUGCUUUGCAAGUCCUCCAGCAGUUCUCCGGUAUCAAUUCCGUUAUAUUUUAUCAAACAACUAUCUUCCAGGCUGCUAGAUUGGAUAACAAAGAGGCUAUGGCACUUGCUGUUAUGGCUGCUCAAGUGGUUGUAACUCUAAUUGCUUGCAUCAUCAUGGAUAUCGCGGGAAGAAGAGUUCUUUUGGUAGCGGGUGCUGCUG